UUUAUUAGACACAUUUGGGAAGAAACACACCAUCCAUGGUUCAGUUCAGUCCGGGUCCUGCUAGCUCUGUGUCCAGCCCAGGGUCCAGCAGCCGGAGGCGGGGGAUCAGGACAGGAGCUGGCCGCGGGAGAAGAGCUCAUCACGGCGGGGCCCUUCUCACGGAGCGCCGAGCAUUUUAACCGUGCCCCGGUGCUCUUUACACCGGAUCCUGUUUCACGAGUGACUUGGCCUGUUGGAAUUCAUCAAGAUGGAUCAUUUUAGUGCCGCGUUGUGAAACAUUCGCAUCUCGGUACAUCAUCUCCAUGGAGACAAGCAGGGAGCAGAGCCUUGACCAGAAAAGAAUGCCCGGGCAACUCAGGAGCAGGAAGAGGAAGAGCAGCUCCAAGUCCACAGGCUCCAGGAAGGCGUGUGCGAGCCAGAAGAGUAAGGUGCAUCUGGACAGGUCAGACAUCAGCUGUGAGUGUGAGCAGGGGUCAGCCCGCAGGAGGUGCUCGGCCUCCCCUCAGCCUGUGCCCCACCAUGACAAGGAGAACCAGCAGGAGGCGCUGUGCUGUGGGGAGAGCAUGGACUACCAGGACUACAGCAAGCUCUUCCCCGACGAGGAUAGCAACCAGAUCCUGCCUGUGGAGCAAUUCUUUGGGAACAUGGACACUGUUCAGGACUUUCCGCAGAGACCGUCCGCGCCGUCCACCACCGUGUCCAGAGCUGAGAGGAGGAGACGCUACUUCGCCCAGGAGGACAGUGAGGAGGAGGAGGAGGUCACGAAGACGAGAGCGGAGGGGGAGAGAGAGGAGCCAGAUCAGCACCCCGAGGACCCCCGCCCCCCCCUCCUUUGAGAGACACUGACGCUGGGAGCGCAGAGACCCGAGUGCCAAAGUAAGACUGGAGGGUCCACGGAGAAGUGAUCGAUCCCACUCUGAACCAAACCUGUGGACAGACACCAAACUGAGGGCUGUACACCAGAUCAUAUUUUGUCAUAUUUAUUCUUCAAUCUGAUGAAAAGCACUUUAAAUUCAAAUCCUAUUAGGGGGCUCAAGGCACAUUCUUGAAACAGACAAUCCGAUCCACAGGAGACACGUGAUUUAUGAUCCGUCUUCCAAAGGGGGAUAUUGGGUUUUAAAGUGCAUAUGACAGGUUUUCAUGUUUUUUCUAAUUCUGAUGCGGUUUGGUGGGGUAGUACUUGCGCUGAUUUUUAAAGAUUCAUUUUGCAGCAAGUAAGUAGCAGUUUGUGGGGAAAAGUCCAAAAAAUGCAGGAAGUAGAGCUAAGUCGUAAAACAAACUUCUAAAAUGCACACACAAUUCACGCACAUGGAAGGACAUUUUCUGACAGUUUAAGCCUUCAUUUAAUAAAUAAAGCAGUUGUUAUAUAUUUUUUAGUCCAAUCAUAUAAUAACCAUUUUGUAUUGGACACGUUUUGACCUGUUUACAUUAUGGUUGCUAGGUAACAGUUACAGCAUUAUCCUCAAUGUUACCUGUGUCCAAUCUGAAAGUAAAAUUUAGUUUAAAAUAAAAAAAACUAGACAAGAUUUGAGUAAAUUGUUAAGAAUAAUAAUUUGUUGACUGUGUUUUAGUGAAAUUAGUAGUCUAACCUGUCAUAUGCACUUUCAACAACCUUUUAAACUAUCAAUACGGCUUUAAAAAGAGUUCCUCCUGGAAAUAGAUUGAAUGUUCAGCAGACACGGCAAUUCUGCUGGAACACCGGCAACAUAAAUCGAGAGAAUAUGGCCUUUAGCUUAAAUAUUUUGUACGACGCAAUUGCACUAUAUAAUGUACGUGUAAAUAAAUACGAGCAGAGUGGGUUUUGCGCUGGAAGUCGAUGGAGGUCGUCGAAAAAUUACAGCUGUGUUUUGUAUUGUUCGCGCGACGCCGCAUCAUCGCAGAGAUACUUUGCAAUAACGUCACGCCGGGGGUGCUCUAUAUGUAUCUGUAUUUGCUUACGUUUUCAGAAGCCUGCGAUCAGUGGGCUCUGUUCACAUUUACGUCACAAAGUCAGAAGACGUUUGGAAACAUGCAGAUGAUGAUUUCCUUUGGGCUCUGUUGGCGAAAGUAGCACUGACAAAAUCUGGGAAAACUGAGAAAAUGGCAUGAUUUUCUUCAUUUAGACGUUGUAGUUUUCUUUUUUUCCUUUUAUAAAUUGCCUUUUCAUUUGUGUAUUAUAAUUUGUCUAGAUUAAAAAUGAAUUUAAAAAUGGUAGCGUUCCGUUCUGUUGGUCAGAGCAGCUGCCUGUAAGUGACACUGAAGAUGUGCUGAAUCCAUGGUUUUAUCACGGGCGCACUGUCGGUAACUAAACCCGGAAGUCGUCAUCCGCAUGUUUCCAAACGUCUUCAGGUAACCGUGAAUAGAGCCUAUACAAACAAUCAUGGUUCUGUUUAGGUGUUUGCUUUUCACCAACAAAGGUGAGGGUGAUUAACUGAAACGGCUGGAUAAUGCUAACUAUCUUUUGACUGUAUUUAGACUGUUGACUGACUUAAAUCAGUUAUGGACACAGUGUGUUAAAAUAAAGAUUAAAAUCACAUUAAAUUCUGAUAUGAGUAAUAAAGCCUCAGACAUUAGAGCAUCCAGUUAGCAUCACACCCCCAAGAUGUUGACGACAUGAGCUGCAAAGUAUCAAUCAUCUGAAAUAAAACAUCACAUUGAAUUCUAGAACGUGAACACAGCGGACAGGUCAGCCUCUGUCAUACUCUGAGUGAGUGAACAUCACAAGCGUGUGAUAAGAUUUUUGUGGCACAUCACCCAACUCUAUGUCCAUAUUUAGCAUGAACCAGAUGUUUGUUUUUCUUCUUUUUUUUCAGCUUCAAGAAAACAGGACUGUUAUUUGCUCAUAUUGUAUACACAUCCAGUAGUAUCAACAUUUGAAAGAAGCACGAAAUCUCAGCUGAUGAACUAAUUGAGUGGGUGUGGUUUACAUUACAUCAGAAAACUCCUGAAAAUGUGUUGUUUAAAUCUAUUUCAUAUUUUUUGAGUAUUUGAGUUUUCAGACUUUUUUCUGGCAGUGUUUGCUAAUGUGUGCAUUGUGUCAUCAAGAUAACUGCUGAACAUUCCACCAUAGACAUACAUGAAGAACACCUCGAGCAUGCAAAGUAUCAAUAAAGACGAGCAAAUGGCAGACCUUCCACCAGAAAAAGUUGCAUAGUGCAUCUUUGAUGUACACAUUGGAUUUAAUCACAGCUUUGAACAAAGACAUUACAAAAUAGACAAAAAUAUUUGUAUUGUUGACAUGUUUUGUUAUUGAUUUCAGUGCAACAACUCCUUAUGAAUGUUCAACAGUGUUUUUAUAUAUGAACACAGUUAUUUUGUACUCAUUUGUACUAAAUCAUCAUGUACAAUUUUCUUGUUUUAAGACUGCCUUUAAUCUCAUGCCUUAUUUACUCAUCUCUGCUGUGUUUGUAUCUAAGCCGCAAGCUUCAGAAGCUUCAGGCACUAUUCCAUUUUAUGCCAUACAAGAACUAAUAAAUGCCUUUUCAUAA